CGGCGUGUGGCCGGGGCCAUGACGAGCAAUGCCGGGGAGUGGUGCCUCAUGGAGAGCGACCCCGGCGUCUUCACCGAGCUCAUUAAAGGAUUCGGUUGCCGAGGAGCCCAGGUAGAAGAGAUAUGGAGUUUAGAACCUGAGAAUUUUGAAAAAUUAAAGCCAGUUCACGGGCUAAUUUUUCUUUUCAAGUGGCAGCCAGGAGAGGAACCAGCAGGCUCUGUGGUUCAGGACUCCAGACUCGACACAAUCUUUUUUGCCAAGCAGGUCAUUAAUAAUGCUUGUGCUACGCAAGCCAUAGUGAGUGUGUUGCUGAACUGUACUCAUCAAGACGUCCAUUUAGGAGAGACGUUGUCAGAGUUUAAAGAAUUUUCCCAAAGCUUUGAUGCAGCCAUGAAAGGCUUGGCACUGAGCAACUCCGAUGUGAUCCGACAAGUACACAACAGCUUCGCCAGACAGCAGAUGUUCGAAUUCGACGCGAAGACACCAACCAAAGAAGAGGAUGCGUUUCACUUUGUCAGUUACGUUCCUGUGAACGGAAGACUCUAUGAACUGGAUGGACUGCGGGAGGGACCGAUUGACUUAGGGGCCUGCAGUCAGGACGACUGGAUCAGCGCCGUGAGGCCCGUCAUAGAGAAGAGGAUACAGAAGUACAGUGAAGGGGAAAUUCGAUUUAACUUAAUGGCCAUCGUGUCUGACAGAAAAAUGAUAUAUGAACAGAAGAUAGCCGAGCUACAGAGACAACUUGCUGAGGAGGAACCCAUGGAUACAGACCAGGGUAGUAUGCUAAGUGCUAUUCAGUCAGAACUCGCCAAAAAUCAGAUGCUCAUUGAAGAAGAAGUACAGAAAUUGAAAAGAUACAAGAUUGAAAAUAUCAGAAGGAAACAUAAUUACCUGCCAUUCAUUAUGGAAUUGUUAAAGACGUUAGCAGAACACCAGCAGUUAAUACCACUAGUAGAAAAGGCAAAAGAAAAACAGAAUGCAAAGAAAGCACAGGAGACCAAAUGAAGAGGAUGCUGUGGCGUGUGCACACAUUUCUGCUUCUGCCUUUAUUUCCAUGGAAACCACUGAGCAUGAGAGACGUGGAGCAGCACCCUGACUGGCUCAGUGCACAUGGGCAGCAGUCCAGUCCGUCCUGUCUUUACUGCAUGGAUCCAUAAACGCCCCCUACCUGCAUCGUGUGCAUGUAGUGCCUGUUAAAUAAAGGUGAUGUCAAGAGCACUUGCCCAAAUCCCAUUAUUUGACACUGGAUCUGAGAACUUCUGUGAUGCCCCACGUACGUAGCUACCAUAAUGAAUCUAGAAAACGCACAGAGGAUCUUCUCUCCCUGUAACUGGUAUCAUUAAUCCUUUGAUCUUUUAGCUCACUUAAAUGCUUAAAAUUUAUAAAUGUCAGAUCUUGAUUAAACUGGACCUCUUGUUCUCAUCAUUAAUGGAAUAAAAAAAUCAGUAUUUCUGUCUUUGAUAUCUAAAUAUUUUGAGGAUUUUUAAACUGAAUUUUAUCUUCUAUAUCAAUUAUUUGGAAAAGUAUGAUUUUAAUGCAGAUUAUUUGAAAGGACAAAAGUACAGUUUCUAGUGAUUUUCAUGCUGCCAGUAAAAAAAGUAAUAAACAUCCCAACUUUAUUUUCGCAAACUC